AUUUAAUUCAUGCGAAAUCGAAGACAAGGCAAAGCCAAAGGCUAAAGCCAAAAUAAAGAAAUGCAAAUGAAGCAGCUGAAUAAAAAAUGCAGUGCAGAGAAAACUAGGAUUAAAUCCCAGAGACCUGUGAGUCCAUCAUCAAUCCAGUCAGGCUAUUCUCUAUACUCGACUGAUACUGAUGAUCAAGUGAUGAGUACUCAUAGAGGUUUAGAUAGGUGUGCUGCUCUUCUUGCUAACAUGAUGGAGAGUGACGGAUCAGAAAGCAUCCCCACAAAACUAGAAAGAGGUGUAAAGGUGAAGCAAGGAGGCAUGUCACACAGAAAUCAGCAUAAUAAAUUGACAGCAAAGCAGAAAUGUCCUGUUGCAAAGAAUAAAUCAAAGGCACCUUCCACACAGAAGAAAUCUACUCAGUCUGGUUCUCUAAAAGACAAGAAACAGACAGGAAGGAGGUCCUUUAAUCAGAAGCUUAUCUCUUCAACACCAAAUCAUAAGCAGACGAUAUUAAGUAAUGGAGAAAGAAAGAAGCAAGGUAGAGAUAGGAUGCAAUCUAAAGAUAUACACCAAGAAAAGACAGAGGUGGUGGAUAAAGUUCAUCUAAGAAUUCCUGCAAGGGUUUCUCCAGGAAAGGAGAACUUUCCAUUAUCAAAGCAACACUCACAAGGAAUGGACGGUCAAGGAAGAUUCAUUGAAACAUAUGAUGUAACACCCAAGGUACUGAAUGAAAAUGUUAUCAGAAAGACAAGAGUAAAGGCAGAAGCAAUCAGAAACCCUAUAAAACAGCAUCCUGGACAAAAGGAAAGACCUAUGGAAGCCAAGUUGGAUGAGAGACCACAUCAUUAUGCAGGAGCUCCAAAGACUGAAAGUACUUUACAGCCUAGGUAUGCUAAACAAGAACAGCAGUUUCCUAAAGAAACUAAUGGACAAACUGGGGACAUGAGUACUGGGAAUUACCUAGACCCUAACGCUCAACCAUGGGUGAGUUGUAUAGAUAUAGACCGUGCAGAAAGAACUCCUGGGAAUGAAGACAAUCUAGAAACACAGGGUGUUCAUCAUCAACACCUGAUCCACCAACAGCAGCAUCCAAAUACCCAAGAUCAGCAUACUCAAGGUUAUGUUACAACUGGUCAGCCAGGUACAUCUACAUGUACAUGGAAUAACUCUAGAAUGGCUCCAGGGGUACAACCUUCAAGAACUCUUGACUCAAAGCUUGAUCAUGGAGUGGGACAUGGUCCAGUCAACCAUGGGCUUGGAACAGUGCAGACAACUCAAUCUAUCUUGCGAGACUUGGUGGGCAAACUUCAGAGAAUGAAUGAAAGCCAGAUCCAAACCCCACAAGCUCAGCUUUCACACCCCUCAGGAAAUGCAAUGACCCAGAAUGAUACUAGCCAUACACAGCAACAAGCAGGGCAAGAAUCAAAGGAUUUUCACAGGAAGGGUGUGGAUUACGAUGCAAGAGACCAAGAGAGCAAGAUUCAAGAUACUAUAUCAAUGAACAAGAACUUUCCCAAGCAUAGUCAACUCUAUCAAACAUCAAUGUCUGCAAACCAUGGGACACGUCUAGAAGCUAGUGAUGUAGGAAUGCAUGAUACAGAUCUUCAAAAUGGAGCUGAGCAGCUUGAGCCAGUCAGGGAUUCUGGUCAGUCAUGUGAUCCCCAACCUACCAACCAAAGCACUGGAUCUGUUGUGACACAAAUGCAAAGAAUUUCACCUGAGAUUGCUGAAGAUCCAAUGGAUACUAUAGUGGAUAGGAAGACAGGUAAUUCCAAGCCUCGUCAUGCAUCUCGUAAAAGUCCUCAAGCAAAAGGUGAUGUUGGUGUUCAGACUCCGCCCUUGAGCUCUCGACCUCCUGCUGUUCUGACAGGUUCUAAAGGUAGCAAUGCACUAUGGGAUCAGGUACGAACACUGAGGUACAUUACGAAGGAGCUUCAUUGUGCAAACAUAAAAAUUGGUGAUGUACAAACUCAAGAGCUUCUAUCAGAGCUCGAAGAAGUGAUUGAGACGUUACCAUUCACCAGUCUUGAUAGAGAUCUACAAACAGAGAUCAGUCUUGCUCUUCAACCAAUUAGAAGUGAGAAUAGUCAGCUUAGGAGAAGACUUAGAAUAGCCAAUCAGCAACUCAGACAGAUCCAACUUCAAAUACAAACAAAGGAAAGCAGCCAAUCAGGAGUCAGUUUAGAAGCAUUAACUCUGCAGUCUUUGAAUGUAAACCUUCAGAAGCAAGUAGAAGAACUGCAAAGUGAGACAGAGAGACAGGCUAGAGAUAUUACUGAGCUAAGAGCUUCUGUGGAUACUCUCACUACUGAUAAACACAAUAUGCAAGAUGUCUACAAGAAAAUGGACAAUGAUCUAAAGGAGAAGAGAAAAGGUUGGACUCUAGAAACAAGCGCACUGCGUCAAGAGAUCACUAAGCUAAAAUCUCAACUGGAAUCUGAGAGUCAUAGGACUGAGGCUGUUGAGAAAGAGAAAGGUAUUUUAAGACAGAGUGUGAAGCAGAGAGAUUCAGAGAUCAAGAGACUGCAACAGAUGACAAGGAAUAUGCAAGGUAUUAUAUCGAGUGUGGCACCAGGUAAAUCAUUGAAAUCAUCCCUUCCUGGUGAGAGCAAGGAAUCUAGACUUGAGAAUUGGUUGGAGAAUCAUCAGUCAUCCAUCAGUACUUCAAACAGAAAUGGUUCACUUAAUGGUCUCCAAACAGCGUUGAGACAAUGUCAGAGGUCACCACAUGAUUCUUUGUCAUCUUAUUCCUUGUCAUCAUCGCAAGGAGAUCAUUCCACCAAACAUUCUUCUCCUAAUGCAUUAAACAUGUCAGAUUGGAGGAUCUCUGAUCAUCAACGCUCUUCUCCUCAUGCAUUACCCACAGGAGACUGGCUGGUCCCUGAUCAUCAAGGCUCUUUGGAUCAUAAUUUUGUCUUCAUUGGAGGUUCAGAAAAGCUUAAUCCAUCUCAAAUGGACGAUAAAUUUGGGGCGGAUGGGAGAUAUGAUGAUUUAGACUCUACCCUUGUGGAAGACACAUUAGACGGUGAUGGGACAGCGUAUAUGAGCAUUGCUGAUCCCCAAAUUGGCAAUCGGAAACCCUAUCUAUUCCACACCCCGCGCCAUAGAACUAGUAGAGGUGGCGGCAUACCUAGUUGGGUAGAAAAGGAGGUGUCACCAUCAACAAAGUCAGAGAGACAGCAUGUAUCACAUGGUGGAAAUGCACAUAUAUCUGAUAGCCUAGGGAGGACAGGGUAUGAUAAGCAUUCCUCACCAUCUACAGUGAGAAGUGAUUCAAGGUUGAGUAGGAGAACAGAACACUCAGAGAGAGACCUUGGUAAAAUAUUCAAUGCCGCUGAGGUAGGGUCAGUCGUAUCCGAGUCAACUAUAUCAUCAAUAGCAUCACAAUAUGAGGCUCAGUUUCAGGUAGGACUAUCGAAGCUUGAUGAUGAUAUUGCCAGAUUACAAGAAAACUUAAAGGGAUUAGUCAAAAGGUGAUAAUUUUCUUUUCCAUAAUGUGAAUUCAUAAUUUGAUCCUUGUUUGUAUUCAUCACUUAAUGAUAUUUAUUAUUAAUCAUAGUAAUAUUCAAGGCCUGUUCGAAAGCACAUACAGAUGUUAGCUGCUAACAUGAUAUGCGCUAUACAAUAACUGACUAUUGUUACAGUAUUAUAAAUCUUAUGUCUAAAAUAGCUAUUAUAUAUGGGUCAUUGAAGGAAUAUGAAAGGAAAAUUGUUGAUUUGUGUAAAGGGUCUGUGCUCACUUCAGCAUGAAGCAAUUUAAAAAAGAAAAAUCAUCAAGGAAAUUGAAUGUCAAAAGGGGCACUUGGGACUGUUUCACAUUAAUUUUGAUGCAUGAAAUUGAUGAAGGUAGGAUAUAUACCAGAGCAAAUGUGAUAUUAUUUGAAAAGGUAGUAAAUUAUAAGUUUGUUGUACAACAUAUAUUUACAUAUUUUAUUAGAAAGCAUUGUCCAUGGUUUAACUAGUACUCAAUAAUGUCUUUGAAAAACCAACCCCCUAAUCAUUGUUGAACUAAGAAACAAGUGUCCGAGAAUGAAAGGAUGAGACUAAGGUUAUUUAUAUCAGGAUUUACAGAAUCGUCACAUUUGUUUAGCUAAUCAUUAAGCUACAGAUCUAAACCAUAUUUUGGUGUAGUAAAAUAUUGGCAAUAUGUAAGGUUUUAUAUCAUUCAAAAUUUGACAAGUCCACCUCUCUACCAAGGUUGAACAUCUCAUUUAACUUAGGGGAAGUUCACCCUGACAAAAAGUUUAUUGUGAAAAUAACAGAAAAAAUGAUAAAAAAUAUUGCCAAAGGUUUGA